UUCCUCAUUAAGCCUAUUGAAACCAACUGAUUCUAGACACAGAGGGUCUGUCUCACUUGCUCUUGUCUUUUAGGCCAAUAUAUAUUUCAGUUUACUUGCCCAGGUGUCAAAGACUAUUUUCAAAACAUCGUUCAUUACAUUCGUCCCUUUCCUUCAAACCCCCCCCAAAACCCUCACCCUCAAAAUCUCAUUGCUCAAACGCACACUUUCUCUUCUCCUCUCCUAUUUUUUUGUUGAGCCACAUAUAAUCAAGAUUGGUUCAUUAGAACGUUUUUGCAUGCCUGCACUCAAUGUCCUCUUACAACCCUACGAGCUAUAUUAAUAAUACACCAGCUGACAGUACUGAACACUGGCAUCAAAAGCUGUCUCCUUCACACUCUCAUUACUCAUAUCCCCAUCCAACUCAGCAACAGCCUCAGCAACAUUUGCACCAUCACCCCAACUCACAACGAAGUAUGUUGGAGAUAUCGCAUAGUAAAAAGCUAGUGGCCAGGAUUGAAGGGGAGGAAGAGGAUUUGGAAGUUAUUGGAAGUGGCAUUGCUGGGUCUUAUGAGCCCCUCCCGUCGAAAGCAAGGCUUCCUACAAAGCUUCCUAAGCUCAGAUAUGACUACCCUCAGGCCUCUGUCCAAAACUUCAGUCCGGGAACCAGCCUGAUAUUCAACGCCUAUCGUGGGCACUCUGCACUCUUGACGCACCCUAAUAUGUCGAGUCCAGAGGAUAUUGACAAUUAUGCACAUGGGAGGAUGAUUCAACAUGGAGCCCGAAACUAUCUUUCGCAGGGUGCUCACUUGGAACACCCUCGACAGCGGGUGACUUAUCCUUCCCAUGAAUCAGAUAGUCAUCCAUCCUAUCCUCAUUCUGGGCCAGAUGAACAGUCUUCACCUUACCGCCCGCCUCAUGAGAGCCAACCACAUUCUUAUGCAGUCAAUGGCGUCUCUAGAGCCUCAAGAGACUAUCGAGACUAUCGCGCCUCCAGAGAUCCACGUGAAAACUGUGAUCCACGAGACUAUGAGCGAUCGCCUGGGAUGUCUUCAGCUGUGUCAAUGCCAACGAUGGAUCAAAGCCGCGAUGACCGAGGAAGACCUUCAGAUUAUCACGAUCAUCCUCAUCCGCCACGCGACCAUUAUCCACCACAAGCACCACAACAGGUGCCACCACCACCACCACCACCACCACCACCACCAACUCAACACUUUCCACCGGAUGAAGCACAUACUAUACCGCCAACGCACCGUUCAAUGUCUGGACCAUCACAUUGGAAGCGACCAGAUAGUGAUCAUCAUGGUCCUCGUCAACCCUAUGAGAACAAUAGCCCUCAUCCUCCUCCUGGACCUUCAAUACCACAGUCAAGUUCCGCCAGAGAACCAUGGGAUCCCUCUACGGAGUCUAGAUUACCUCGUUCAACUGCUGCAAUAGACAUUCCACAACCGCGGAAUCGCAGCUCCACUAAUUAUCCAAACACAUUCGAUUCACACGAUUCUAUGGAUUCGAACAUGCGUGAUCAUUCGCGUCAACAUCGUAUGCCCGCAGGACAUCAAGGAGGCCCCGAUAUCCCAGCUGAAGGGCCUGGCUUUCGUGGACCUUAUAGUCAACGUUCGACGGGACCACGUUAUGCAUUAUCGCGGAUUAAUUAUCGGAUGAUAUUUGAAUAUGCAAGUGAAAUUCGGGAGUGUUUGAUUAAAGGAAAAGCUGGAUCAACAGAUCGACUUCUUUACAAUGCUGAAAUUUUAAGCAAGGUUUUCAUGGGAUGUCGUGUGGACAUUGACCCGAAUGCACCAACCGAGGAUGAGGCGACCGUUAGUCCACACCAAUUACGUUGUACCUCAUGUAAUAGCGUCAAGACGCCAGAGUGGCGCAAAGGACCUUUGGGACCUAGAACGCUCUGCAACGCAUGUGGCCUCAUUUGGGGCAAGAUGUCAAGAAGCAAAGCAGCGCUGGCAAAAAACAAACUGGAGGCGGCUUCUAAAGCGGAUUCAUCUAUCACUGAUGCUGCUAUUGGAGAUACUCAAAUGACAGAUGCUACAGCGGGUUCCGAUAUCGGCAGUCUAGGAUCCUCAACAAUAGUAGAAUCAUCUGCACCAAAUGAGGGGACUCGCAAGCGAGGUCGUGAUUUGGCUUCGUCUCAGGAUGAAGAUGAAGAAGAGUCGCUCGCAAGAGACGAGGAUAGAAAGGUGAUUGAAGAAUCAACGCAGGAGGUGCAACAAAUGCAUCAGAAAUUAUCCGCACAAGAGCCACUUCAUGAUCCUCCACCGACGAAUCAUAAUGUGGACACUGCAUCAUAUGGUCCCUGUGAACAGGAAAUGCGAUCUGCUGCAGAGAAGGAGAAUCAAGAAAAGGAUAUACCUGCUGGUGGGCGCAAGCUAGCUCUUUCAUACUUGCUAGCAUAAAAUAUGCUUUAAUAUUAUAAUCUCGCCCUUAUUCAUG